CACUUUCAAUAGAAGGAAAACCAAAAAGUCACAAACACAUGACAAGAGUGCAAAAAUAGAGAAAAACCUCUUCAACAAAAACACCCGUUUUUAGUUUUUACUCACACCCAAAGAACCAAUCUUUCACUAAAACAAACACUUUACAGCUUCUUUGCAGAAUGGUUAAGUCAGAGAACAAGAUCCAGAGAGAACAACCAUCAUCAUCAAAGCUAAUGAGACCAUUAUCAUCAUCAUCAUCAUCAUCAUCAAGUGACAACAACAACAAGAACAAGAAGAAGUACAAGGGAGUGAGAAUGAGAAGCUGGGGGUCAUGGGUGUCGGAGAUUAGAGCACCAAACCAAAAAACAAGAAUAUGGUUGGGAUCUUAUUCAACUGCUGAAGCAGCAGCAAGAGCCUAUGAUGCUGCACUUCUAUGCCUCAAAGGCUCCUCAGCCACCAAUCUCAACUUCCCUUCUUCAAGCUCCUUCUCACAACACUACAUCAUCCCUCAAGACACUUCCAUGAUGUCCCCAAAAUCAAUCCAAAGAGUUGCUGCUGCUGCUGCCAACAAUUUCUUGGACAACAAUGCCAUUGCUAUUAAUAAUAAUGUUACCACCCCACCUUCUCCAAUUUCUCCACAUUCUCCUCCUCUUGCUUCAACCCCUUCUUCUUCUUCAUUUGUAUCAUCACCAUCAAUGUCAUCAUCAUCUCCCUCAGACCAAAUUGAUGAUGAUGUCUCUCUUCUGACACCAUUUGGGGCUUAUACUACUGCUGUUGCUACUACUACUAUUUGUGAUCAAGAAAAUGAAUCAAUGGCUAUGAUGGAAUCAUGGUAUGGCUUGGAGGGCUUGCAAUCUCCAAAGUAUGUUGAUCAAAUGCUAAGUGGGGCAUUCUUUGACAUUGAUUCAACACAGCUGCUUGAUGAUCUGUAUGAAGAAAGUGAUAUUCGCUUGUGGAGUUUCUGCUGAGAGUGAUUCAUUAAUUUCAAGCCAAACCCAUUUUUGUUUUUUUUUGCUCACAAAUUCAUAUUCGUUUGUCAGGUGGUGUUAUAUGAAGAUAUCAAUCACUGACUGACCAAAUUAUAAUUACAUAUUCUAGGGAAGAAAUUCACAAAAGGGAUAAGACAAUUUUUGGUCUAUCCUUUGUGGAUUUCUACAUAUGUAUUAUUGAUGCAAUAUUUGUUAUGUCGAAUUUAUUAAUGGUUUUCUAUGUAUUAUUGUGUAGUUUAUAAAUGAAAGGGGGAAAAAGAUGGUUUCCAAUGUCUCA